UAGGGCACAACUUCCGCAUUGUGGCUACUUCGUCUAUGGCCAGUCAGCCAACCAGAGGCCGCACGCGAAAUCCUCCCGAGCAUGGACAGCACGUGUGAGGAGAGGCCCGCAGAGGAUGAGAGCGACGAGGAGAACCCUGAUUCCACCGAAUCCUCGGCCCGGAUCCGGGACACCCCGGAAGAUAUCGUGCUGGAAGCGCCGGCCAGUGGGCUGGCCUUCCAUCCGACCCGAGACCUGCUGGCGGCAGGGGACGUGGAUGGGGACGUGUUCGUCUUUUCCUACUCUUGCCAAGAGGGAGAAACCAAGGAACUGUGGUCCUCAGGCCACCAUCUCAAGUCCUGCCGGGCUGUGGUCUUCUCUGAAGAUGGUCAGAAACUUGUUACUGUCUCCAAGGACAAAGCCAUUCAUGUUCUAGAUGUGGAACAGGGUCGACUGGAAAGACGCAUUUCCAAGGCUCAUGGUGCCCCCAUCAACAGUCUGCUGCUGGUGGAUGAGAAUGUUUUGGCCACUGGGGAUGACACAGGUGGUAUCCGGCUCUGGGACCAGCGGAAGGAGGGCCCCUUAAUGGAUAUGCGGCAGCACGAGGAAUACAUUGCUGACAUGGCCCUGGACCCAGCUAAGAAGCUGCUACUAACAGCCAGUGGGGAUGGCUGCCUUGGGGUCUUCAAUAUCAAGCGACGCCGGUUUGAGCUGCUCUCAGAGCCUCAGUCUGGGGACCUGACCUCCGUCACCCUCAUGAAAUAUGGGAAGAAGGUGGCCUGUGGCUCUAGUGAAGGUACCAUCUAUCUCUUCAACUGGAAUGGUUUUGGGGCUACAAGUGACCGCUUUGCCCUGAGAGCUGAGUCUAUCGACUGUAUGGUUCCAGUCACUGAGAGUCUGCUGUGUACUGGCUCCACUGAUGGAAUCAUCAGGGCUGUGAACAUCCUGCCAAAUCGAGUGGUGGGCAGUGUGGGCCAGCAUGCUGGGGAGCCUGUGGAAGAGCUGGCCGUUUCUCACUGUGGUCGCUUCCUAGCCAGUAGUGGCCAUGACCAACACCUCAAGUUUUGGGACAUGGCCCAGCUACGUGCUGUUGUGGUGGAUGACUACCGUCGACGUAAGAAAAAAGGAGGCCCACUGCGUGCCCUGAGCAGCAAGGCUUGGAGCACUGAUGACUUCUUUGCAGGGCUGAGGGAAGAGGAAGAGGAUUCCAAGGUUCCAGAAGAGGACAGUGAAGAUGACAGUGACUGAGAGGAUGAGUGGAAUCUCAGAGAGGAUAGGUCUUUAUGGAAUAAAAGCCUCGCUUCCUGGAAUGGAUCUCUAGAGAGGAUAUGAAUUUUCAAAUUAUUUUUGGUGCUGGGGAUUGAACCUACUUAGCUACAAUAUGAAGCUAUGUGCAGUGUAAGAAGCUGCAUAGAGGCCCAGGACUCAAGGUACUGAAGCGGAGAAAUACUUGCUCUAUUGCAGCUGCUCACUGUUCCAGAAUAAGACAAACCCUCAACUGUGGCAACACAGCACAGACACAUGUGUAUACUAACCAGGGGUUUAAUAUAUAUAUAUAUACAACUAG